AUGGAGCGGCAGCCGCUGAUCAGCGGGGCCGGAGCCCGCCGGAGUCCCGGGCGCCAGCUUCCAUCCUGGACCCUCCUUGGCACCGUGUGUGCAGCUGGCAUUGGAGGGACCUUUCAGUAUGGAUACAACGUUUCUCUCAUCAGUGCCCCCACUCAGCACAUCCAUAAGUUCCUCAAUGACACCUGGCAGAGCCGUUACCAGACCAAGCUGAGUUCCAACAUGCUGACUCUUCUCUGGUCCACCAUUGCUUCCAUUUUUUCCCUAGGCGGGUUCUUUGGGGCUCACCUUGGGAGCGUCCUGGCUGGUUGGCUGGGCAGGAAAGGAGCUCUGCUGAUGAAUAACCUCCUUGCCUUCUUUGCUGCUACCUUGAUGGGCGCCAGCUUCCCAACGGGACUCUUUGAAUUGCUGAUUGUUGGGAGAUUUCUGAUUGGAAUGAAUACAGGCAUUGGACUCUGUGUGCAGCCUCUCUAUAUAGGUGAAGCUGCCCCCAGACACCUCCGAGGGGCCGUGGCAAUGGGCAGUUCCAUCUUCCUGACAGGAGGUAUUUUGACCGGGCAAGUGAUGGGUCUAAGGGAGCUGCUGGGGGGAGAGGAAUGGUGGCCCUUCCUGCUCUCCAGCUGUUGCCUGCCUGCCAUCAUCCAACUCCUGAGCCUUCCCUGGUUUCCAGAGAGUCCCCGUUUCACAUUACUGGACCGAGGGGACGAGGGCCAAUGCGUCAAAGCACUGAAGCGCUUCCACAGCCCUCUGCACUACCAGAAGGAGCUAGAGGACAUCCAGAGAGAGAACUUUGCCCUCGGAGGAGAGAAGGCGAAGAAGCCCUGGGAGCUCUUUGCUGACCGUAGCAUCCGCUGGCAGCUGAUUGCAGUCAUCUGUCUGGCCAUGGGCCAGCAGCUCAGUGGGAUCAACGCAAUUUACUUUUAUGCCAAUUACGUCUUUGCAGAAACAGGGAUUCCCCCUGAGAAGAUCCCCUAUGUAACUUUAGGUACAGGGAUGUGUGAAUGCCUCACUGCCCUCACCUGUGGUUUGCUAGUGGAAUCCUUGGGGAGGAGAGCUUUGAUCCUGGGAGGCUACUGCCUUAUGGUGCUUUGGUGCUUCGUCCUGACCAUCUCCCUGAACCUCCAGGUGCACGUAUGGGCACCAUACCUGAGCAUGGCUUGUGUAUUUGCCUUCAUCUUGAGCUUUGGCCUUGGACCAGGUGGCGUGACAAACAUUUUGACGACCGAAUUGUUCAUGCAGUCCUCCCGCCCUGCCGCUUACACCAUUGCAGGAUCAGUGAGCUGGCUGAGCUUCUUCACUGUUGGCAUGCUCUUCCCCUUUGUUGUGAAAGGACUAAAGCAGUACUGCUUCAUUGUGUUUUUGCUAGAAUGCAGCGCAAUGGCCACUUUCAUUUUCUGUAUUAUUCCUGAGACAAAGAACAAAACCUUUCUAGAAAUUAAGAGAGAAUUUCACAAGCUCAACUUCAGGAGAGCCAAAGACCCGUACGAAGAAUCAUGCGAGAGACAGCAGCUUUGCCCAGAGGUUUAAGAGCUGUUCUGGAGUUGGGCAAUCAAGACGCCACCCCAAGAGGCUCUCAGGUGGCUGGGCCAAGAGGAGCUGCACCUUUCUGAGCCCACCAGCUACCCAGGCAGUCCCUGGGUCUGUGCAUUGAGCAUAUCCCCGCCUUCCAGAGAGCAGGGCCUGCUUAAUAAAGGGCUGCUUUUCA